AUGGUCGCUCCUGCGUCCGCCGCCGCCGGCCGAGGAGCCGCGCUGCCGCUGGCGGGCCGGCGCCGCUCCCGAUCAGUCGCCUGUGCCGAAGAGUGCCGCGAGCGCUCCGUCUCGUUUCGGCUGCAGCAGGGCGGCGGCGCGCCUCUCUUCUACCGGCCUGCCUCGCGGAUCAUCCGCGACCUCGGCGUGCUCGCCCUCGCGGCGCACGGCCGGCAGCACCAGCGCGCGCCUCGCGUCCUCGACGCCAUGUCCGGCUCCGGCGUGCGGGCUCUCCGCUACUCUCACGAGGCAAACGCGAGCUUUGUGCACGCGAACGAGCGCAUGUUCGGAGAGCACCCGCUCCGCGCCAACCUCGAGCCGCUCCUCUCGGCCGGCCGCGCACGCGUCACCGCCGACGACGCCGUCGACGUCUACAUGCGCUCGCGGCUGGACGGGUCGCUGUACGACCUUGUGGACGCCGACGCGUUUGGCACGGGCCAGCCGCACGCCGCAGAGGCGUGGUGGGCGUGCAGGACGGGCGGCCUCGUCUACCUGUGCGCCACUGACUCGCUGACCACCAGCGGCAGCAACCCGCACCAGGCAGCAGCCGGGUACGCCGCUGUCACGCACAAGUUCCCUGGCUGCAACGAGGCGGGCCUGCGGCUGCUCGUCGGCACGGCGGCGCGUGAGGCGGCGGCGAGGCACCUCACCGCUUCGCCCGUCUUCAGCUUCUUCCACCGCCCCUCCUCCACGUUCCGCGUGAUGAUGCGGCUCGACGCGGCGAAGCGGCCGCCCGCCUCGGGCUUCGCGGCGCUCUCGCACGUCGCUCGCUGCCCGAGUUGCGGCGAG